AAUCACCCCGAAAAACGAGGGCUAACCUCACGCUCACCGCUUUCUUCUGCUUUCUUCCCUUCGUCACCAACAAAAUCAAAACAAACCCGAACGUGCUCGAACCCGAAGCCGCGAAGCUCCGCUCCGACGCCGACAAACGAACACGACCAGACAAGCAUCGUUCGCGUUCGCUCUGCUCUGAUCCCCUCGACAUCAGUGCUUCUUUGGCGUGUGCUCGCAUCGGACGUUACUUUGGUCGGGGGGUCUCUGCGUCAGUCGAAGUUUGGAGUUUUCCGGUGUUUGAAAAGGGGUGCGUUUUUUGGGACGUGGAAAUUUACUUUGGAAAAGCUCGUCGAAUGUGAAGAAUUGCGGGAAGCUGUGUGGAAAAAUUGACGAAAAUUUAAUGAUGUGAAAGUACUGCAGUUGGAUGCAGAACGGCUCAAUUGAGUGAUUGUGUGAAGAAUCAGUGUCGAGAGCACAAUUGAACCUGAAAAUUACCCCGAAAAGGAUGCGAAAUGCGUUGUUCAGCAGGUGCCGGGAAAGUGCAUCCUCGUGAGGGAAUAAAAUAUUGAAAUAAAAAAAAAACGAAUAAAAAAGUGAGGUGCAAGCAAUUCAAGUGGAAAAAACACGAAAAUAAUUUAAAAAUCGCGCAAAAAUUCGUUCGCGACAAAAGCGUCACGAUUCGUGAGCGGUCGUGAACAGGUGAUAAUGAUGAUGAUGAAUUCAUGAAGAGGGAAGAAGAAGGGUCUGAAAGUGGGUUCACAGGUGCAAAAUGUGUGAUAAAGUGCUCCCAGGAAGCUCGUUCGGUGUGCAACAGAACCCAAAGCGGCAGUGAUUGCAAUCAACAUGAUAAUCAUCCGGAGAGAGUAAUUUGAUUGAAACCAAUAACGGAUUAUCCUGGUGAAGGAGAAGGUAGAGAGCGGACGUUGAUCCCCGGACUAGGCGCACCUGUACGUGUGUGUGUUUGAGUGAAAUAAGGACUUUCUCCGGAGGACCCCGAGAAUCGACGACGAGGACGACGAAACCCGGCAGAUUAUAAGCAGCAUUUUUGCCGACAUUAUAAGGAGUCAUAGGCUCGGCAUUCCAUAUGGAACAACACGCCGGAAGAAUAACAACGCUCUCUGGUGGCAGCUAAAAAUAGUCCCCGAGAGGGUCCUUAUCCCGCAAGGUCGAACACGGAAGUCGUCAUCGGUCGUAAAUUUAAAUUUCUUCAACGCUCUGGGAUUGUUUCAACCUCCUCGCGCCUCCCGUUAACUAAUUACAUAAUUGCUGGAAAUCUCUGUUCAAGGAGCGGAGAAAGUGUGCGGUAGUUGAAUAAAUAUUUACCGGAACUGUUCCGAGGAAGAAAGCGAGAAGAGCGAAAAAAGGGGUGAAAAGUCAAGAUGACUCUGGAAAUAGCUCACAAAUAGGAAGAAGCGAGCAAAACUAUCAAAGAUUACAAGAAAAGUGAAGCUCGAGAGCAAUUAGAGGAAUUGGAUUUCGUUCCGUUGAAGAUUUGAGGCAGUCACGUGCCCGGGGACCGUUAGCUGGGACAGAGACAAUUAAAGGAAUCCCAGGGAGGGGACACAGACAAAAACAGACGAAUUAUGUGAUUUGCCGCCAUUGAAGCAAGAAACGAUUCCGAAGACAAUCACGGUGAAUGCACUUGAGGAAAAUUGAAAGCUGCGAGCAGCUUGACCUUUUUUUUGGCGAAAAGGGGUUCGAUCCUUGAAACAUCUUCGCUCCUUCUAGUCUGAUCAAUAAUUGAUAGCGUCGAAAUGCUUGAACAAGUGGAAAAUUGAAUCCCCCGGGACGGACAAAAGGUCGAAGUCCGCGAGUGAGAAAUUGCUAAUUCGUGUAAAUAUUUGAGAGCCCGCGCGCGGACUCGCGCACAAAAAAGGACAUCCGGUGAAGCAGUCCAGGAUGUGGCAGAUUCUAAUCACGACACUGAUUGUCGUCUGCGUCCUUGCCAGCGCAGCUCAAGCCGGCGAGUAUCCGAAAAUCACGGAACAUCCGCUGGACGUGAUAGUGCCCCGGCACGAACCGACCACACUGAACUGCAAGGCGGACGGCAUCCCGGCGCCGACGCUCACCUGGUACAAGGACGGCGAACCGAUCAAGGCGGAACAGGGCUCGCAUAAAAUUUUGCUGCCCGCGGGGGGAUUAUUCUUUCUGAAGGUGGUCCACUCCCGGCGGGAAAGCGAUGCCGGCGUGUACUGGUGCGAGGCCCGCAACGAGCUUGGCGUGGCCAGAAGCCGCAACGCAACGCUGCAGGUGUCAGUGUUACGUGAAGACUUUCGACUGGAGCCCCAGAACACGCGGGUGGCGCAGGGAGAGACGGCCCUGCUGGAGUGUGGCCCUCCCAAAGGCUACCCCGAACCGGUCGUGACUUGGCGAAAAAACGGUCAAACCAUGGACAUGAGUAACUCCAAACGAAUCCGCAUCGUGGAUGGCGGCAACCUGGCGAUCCAGGACGCCCGCCAAUCCGACGACGGACGGUACCAGUGCGUGGCCAAGAACGUCGUCGGCAUCCGAGAGUCAACUGUGGCAUUCCUUCGGGUGCAUGUGAAACCAUUCCUGAUCCGGGGACCGCAGAACCAAACCGUGGUGGCCGGCCGGUCGGUGGUCUUCCAGUGCCGUGUCGGCGGGGAACCCAUCCCGGACGUCCUGUGGAGACGGUCGGCAUCCGGUGGAAACAUGCCACUCGGUCGCGUCCACAUCCUCGAGGAUCGGAGCCUGAAAAUCGACGACAUCACCGUGGACGACAUGGGCGAGUACAGCUGCGAGGCGGACAACGCCGUCGGUUCAAUUACGGCGUCCGGGAAUUUGGUGGUGCACUCUCCCCCCAGCUUCAUCAUCCGCCCCAAGAACCAAAUCGCCGAGCUGGGCUCGGAAGCCCUGUUCGAGUGCCAAGCCUCGGGCCACCCACAUCCGACACUGUUCUGGUCACUCGAGGGUAACCGAACGCUCCUGUUUCCGGGAACUCGCUCCGGCAACAUCGAAGUCACCGAAAACGCCGACGGAACCAGCGUACUUUCGGUGUCCAACAUCGAUCGCGUUGACAACGGGCGGGUCAUCGUUUGCAGUGCGGUGAACAACGUUGGCAGCGUCAGCACCAGGGUGGUGCUCAGUGUGAACCUUCAGGACGAUCGGCCGCCGCCGUUGAUCCUGCAAGGUCCUAUCAAUCAAACGCUGCCGAUCAAGUCGGUGGCGAUUUUGCCGUGCAAGGCGAGCGGGAAUCCUGCUCCGGUGAUCUCGUGGUAUCGUGAUGGGAUUCCGGUGUUGACGACGUUUCGGGUUAACAUUACCGAUUCGGGAACGUUGACGAUCGCGGACUUGAACAAGAACGACGACAGUGGGCUGUACACGUGUGUUGCGAGCAGCAAAACCGGCAAGUCCACGUGGAGUGCCUCGCUCAGGUUGGACUCGCCAACCAACCCGAACAUCAAGUUUUACCGGGCGCCGGAGGCGUCCACCUUUCCGGGACCUCCGGGGAAGCCUCUGGUGACGGAUGUUUCCGAGAGUACGGUGACGAUUUCUUGGGUUCGGAGUAACGCCGUUGGCGCGUCCAGCUUGGUUGGGUACAUCGUGGAGAUGUUUGGACGGAACGCAACUGAUGGUUGGACGGAGGUUGCGAACAAGAUGUUGGACACGAGCUUCACCCAACGGGGACUGGUUCCCGGGGUCACGUACUACUUUGUGGUGCGAGCGGAGAACGCCCACGGCAUUUCGCUGCCAAGUCCGAUGUCCGAACCGAUCAUGGUUGGAAUGAACGAACUCAAUUCAGGUUUGGACAUGAGCGAAGCGCGAGCAAGUCUUCUCUCCGGGGACGUCGUCGAGCUGGUCAACGCCACCUCCGUCGAUUCCAGCUCAAUGAAGCUCGUUUGGGAGAUCAUCAACGGCAAGUACGUGGAAGGGUUCUACAUCUACGCGCGCGAUCUUGACGAGGACUUUGAGCGCACGUACAAGAUGUUGACGGUGCUGAACGCUGGCAGUGUGUCGUCCUGUACUGUCAGUGGGCUGCACAAGUUCCGCGAAUAUGAGUUCUUCAUCGUGCCGUUUUACAAGACUGUUGAGGGGAAGCCGUCGAACUCGAGGAUCGCGCGGACGCUGGAGGAUGUUCCAAGUGCUCCCCCAACGGCCAUGGAAGCGCUGUUGCUGAACUCAUCGGCAGUGUAUUUGAAGUGGAAGGCGCCCCCGAUUGGAUCAAUCAACGGCAUCCUCCGCACGUACCACGUGCUCGUUCGCGGCGUCGACCUGCGCUCCAACUACUCCAAGCUGUUGAGCAACGUCACGAUCGAUGCCUCGUCCCCCAACCUCCUACUGGCGAAUCUCACCGAGGGCGUCACCUACACCGUCAGCAUGGCCGCCGCCACUGAGCUCGGCAUGGGCCCGUUCAGCAACCCGGCCACGCUGCGGUUGGACCCGGUCACGAAGCAGCUGGACCAGAGCUCGGUACGGUAUCCGAUCAACCACGAGGUCGGAGACGACAUCUUGACCAAGCCGUGGUUCAUCGCCGUGCUGGGCACGAUCUUGGCCCUGAUGAUGGUCUCGUUCGGGGCGAUGGUCUUUGUCAAGCGGAAGCAGAUGAUGAUGAAGCAGUCAGCGCUGGCGGCGUUGCGGGGGCAUCAAUCGAAUGGAGUGUUGAAGUUCCCGACGUACACGGCGGGUGGCGGCGAUGGGUAUUGGACGGAUCCGAGCGGGAUUUUGUGGAGGCAGCCGGUUGCGAGGCCCAAGGAUCACAUUCAGGACUAUGCUCCGGUUGGGACAAUGCCGGCGGAUCAGGGAGCGAGGAACCGGUACGUUGGGAUUGACUACGGGGAGUACCCGAGCGAUUAUGCCGAGGUGUCGUCGUUCAAUCCAAACAACAACAAGGUAGAAGGGGGCAAGGCUCCGUCGGAGUACAGCGGAACGAGGUCACCAGCGCCGUACGCCACGACUACGCUGAUUGGCAACUCCAGAUUCAUCACGACCUCGAACGGCGGAGCAACUCUAGAGUCGUUGAACCACCAAUCCGCGCAAUCCGCGUACGGAAGCAUGUACUACAACGCCGACCCGUACCAGGGCAAUGUAAGCCGGAACGUGUACUCCGAGUCGUACUACAAUCCGGCCGAGCAAAUCAACAUCACCGAGAACAAGCUGGCUGCGAUGGCCAGCAAUGGUAGCACAAGCGGCGGCUACCAGCUCGUGCCCAACCACAGCGGAAGCAGUGCCAGCAGUAGCAGUAGCAGCGGUGGCGGCGGAGGCCGCAGCGAAACCGCAAAAAUCUUCGCCCCCAGCAGCCAAUCGAUGCCGCAGACGCCGUUCGGUACAAUCCGGAAGAAUCGCUUCAAGCUGUCCCGAACGCCGAUCAACAACCUGCGGAUCAACUUCGGCACGGCGGACCGCGCCGAGUCCGAGUACGGCAAUCAAUCUCCCCAACCCGCCUCCUCCUUCCAGCAGCAAAAGAAGAAAAUGGCCUCGCUGAACAAUUUGGGAGCCGCUCCGAAGGGCGAGCAACUCUACAUCAAGAUAGGGGACACCAACCCAAACAACGCGGCCGCCACCGUCCCCGCAAACACCAACAGUUGGAACGGGCGCAUCUACCAGAACGGGGCGGAAGUGUCCGGGGGAAGCGAGGUGUACCAUCCCACCGGAAACCGCAGCGUCAUUAGCUAUCGGUCCGCCUCGGAGUUUGGCGAAAACGUCUGAGGGUAGCCGGCGCGCUUUGGGCUCACUAUUUAUAAUAACUUAUUCUGACGUGGUGCAAGUGGCGGGGAAUGGACGAAAGACUGAGUGUGAGGGUGUGAAUAUACGUAAAAUUCUGUAAGAGAGAACAUUGUUGGUUGCUUCCUUGGGUUCGCAAAAUCGCACACACCUGUAAAUAAUGGAUUCAAAAACCGUUUGGAGAGGUACGGGGGAAAGGACGAAAUUCUGUACAAAUCGAGUUGCGGUGCCAGAGAUGAAACAGAGAGCUAGACGGGCGGAUUCGAUGUUUGUUGGCUGCAUAAAUCAAGACUGAUUGCACGCACAUGCACAGCACGGCACAAACACACACAAACGGUACGCUAUAUCACUUUUCCGGAUGGAAUGGGCGAGAUGGAAAUGUACGGAAAAUGAGAGAGGAUUCGGGUGACUGUUUUGUGAAGUGUCUCAUUUGGAUUGUGAAACUUACAGAAAAUAUGAAAAUUAAUAGAUUUGAAAUAAAGAUAUCUAAAUGUCAAAAAUUAAAUAUUGACUCUACGGUACCUUUUCGUAUGGAAUUGAUUUUACAACGUUUCGACCUCGGUUUCGACUGUAAGUUAGUUGGUUGAAGGCCGUAUUAAUUUUUCAAAAGGGCACAACCUUAGAUGUAAACAAACCACGUAUCCCUCUUGCACUAGUGACAGUACACACUGAUUAAGAGUGGGAUAGGCUGCUUAUUAGCAUCCAAGGUCUCACCCUAAUUUGUGUUUGUCAGCCAUUUCUUAGUAUGAAUGAUCAACGAAAGGAGCUGAUUAUAGAAAAAAGCUCCUCUCCCUUUUAAUAGGGAUCUCUUUUGUUUAAAAGGCAAUAUUUGUGCGAUAAAGGUGGAAAGACGAAUUACGAAAAUGAAAUUACCUUUUUUUCAAUUCCAAAAAGAAUAGGGGAAAUAUACCCAUUUUAAUAAUAAGCCGUUCGACCAAUUCUCAUCACUUUUAACGUUUUCCGCUAUUAAAUCAACAUUUUCAGAAUUAUUAACAAUGGGGAGUUGCUUGCUCACUUUUAUUUGAGCUAUUUAUUACCUUGGAACAGUCAAAAACACUUAAUGAAAGCUGUAAUUUAUGAUCUCGGUCCAUCAUCAGCCUAUCAGAUGAUCGAAAUAUGCUGAGAAAGGAUAUAGGGGAAAUAUGCCCAUUUUAAGCCUAAUAAGCGGUUGUGUUUGAAUGAUGCUAGAUAACCUAAAACCAAGUACACCAACGAGUAGAGCAACUUUUUGUGAACAUUUCUGUUUAUUUCACUUUUAUUAAAGGUUAUGCUAUUCCUUUUACAAGCAUUUAAAAAAAAUAUUUCAAAAAUGCAUUCUAAUCAGUCGAGUACAUAGGGCCACGCCCAUUUUUCUAUUUUCAGCUUAGUCCUUUUUUUCUUCCAGCGUUCUUUUGGGUCUGCUUAGUGCUGCCAAAAUUGAUGAAAUUUUAAGCGAACACUUACGAAAAGUAGUAUUUAUAGCGAAAGUUUCCUGGCAGCACUUGCUCACUCCAACAGGCGCUACACCAGCAUGUUGGUGGUGUUGGUGGCCACCCUUUGUUCUUUAUUUGUCUUCGCUCCUCGCUCGAUUUUCUUCAGCCUUCGAUUAGAAUCGGUAUUCAAAAUUGAAACGUCAAAAGACUGAACGCGUUUGUUUUUUUGAUUAUUUUUCUAGUGAGUGACUAACUAAUGGUCAAAAGAACAUGUUGUCGGUAGUUGGAAGCAAUUUUAUAUCUUAAGCGCUUUGAAAUCGUUAGCGCAAGUGAAAAGAUAUUGAUGGCGACUUUCGUUAAGCAGUUAACCUCUGACCUUGCGUGUGGAUGUGUGUGCCACCAAAAUGAUGAGAAAUUGUCUCGCAAAAUAGAAAUUAUGAUCAAAAGCGCAUUAAAUUUGAUCUUUUUGGCCAGUAAGUGGCAUAAAUUUGCGUGCUUACUCGAGGCGGUGCUGUUGCUGGUAAGUUUAUAGCCUGAAAAGUAUUUUUGGAGCUUUAAUCGAGCAUCAAACUCUCCAUAUGACGAAGAUAAGUGUUUGAUUAGAAAGGGUAUAUUUCCCCUAGUUCCCGAACCAACUGUACAGAUUUUUUCUUUACCGUACGGGUUUUCGACGAAUUUUUGUACGGAUUUUUUCGUAUGAUAAGGAUUUGUAUGGAAUUUUUAUGAUGACAUUUUUUUCUAUUUGGCUAAAGCUUUGGCUAUUUAGAUAUUUUAAUUUUCUUUGAUUUUCAAAAGAACAUUUGGAUAGCCUUCCGUGUUUGCCUCAGUUAAAACCUCCGAAUAAUUUUCAAAGCUCAAUAUCGGCACGAAAAGUCAGUUGGAAUAAAAGAUUUUUUUUUCAACAGCUUUUUAAUUUUAUUGGAAACAACAUCAAUUCAUCUGCAAACAAUUUAAAAUGUUUAUUUUGUGGUGCGGGGAUCCGUGGUGUAGAGGUAAGCGUGAUUGCCUCUCACCCAGUCGGCCUGGGUUCGAUCCCAGAAGGUCCCGGUGGCAUUUUUCGAGACGAGAUUUGUCUGAUCACGCCUUCCGUCGGACGGGAAGUAAAUGUUGGCCCCGGACUAACCUAAAAAGGUUAGGUCGUUAGCUCAAUCCAGGUGUAGGAGUCGUCUCCCUGGGUCCUGUCUCGGUGGAGUCGCUGGUAGGCAGUUUUACUAACAAUCCAAAGGUCGUCAGUUCGAAUCCCGGGGUGGAUGGAAGCUAAGGUGUAAAAAGAGGUUUGCAAUUGCAUCAACAAUCAAACCUUCGGACACUUAGUUUCGAGUAGGAAUCUCGUAAUCGAGAACGCCAAGGCAAUGCUGUAGAGCGAAUAAUUUGGUGUUGAUAAUCAAAUUAACUCGUUUGAAAAUAUUUAAAAUGUUUGUGAAACUCCAAUUUACAACACCCGAACAAGUUUUUGUUUUGCGAAACAAUGUUUUUUGUCAAUUUACUAAACUGACAUGGCUGCCAAAUGGUCAACCGGAAAUGAUAACCUGAAUUUCCUAAAAAAUAUAAAAGUAGUAGUUCCAAAACUUAAGAUUUCUUAAGGUUGGACUUUUGAUCAAAAACGAAAAAACAAUUGUACUCAUUUUAAGUGACUUUUUCUAAUAAUUCAAAGCUGAUUUAUUGGAAACAUUUUAAACUCAAAAAAAAUUUUACUGGCCUAACAUGAAUAACAAAAUUUGAAUUUUGUUUAAAAAAAAACUAUUAAUAAAUAACAUUUGAUUUUUUUUUAAUAAAUAACAUCCUUUGAUAAACAUUUGUUAUUGUCUUAUAACAUAUUAUUUAUUUGCUCAAAUAUUUAAAUAAAAAAUUUCGAAAAAAAUUAAUCACUGAAAAUAAAAGAUAAUACUUGAAAUUAAAUCAAUAAAUUCAUAAAUGCUGAACAAAUUAUGGAAAAUGUAGAAAGAAAAUAGAUUUAAUAUUUUAAUCACUUUUUUUUAUACUAUUAAAUUUGAUUAUAAGUUUUUUUUUAUAUUUUCCUUAAGGUGGAACCGUUCAUGAUUUUAAAUGAAAAUUGAGAGUCAAUCUUAAAUGGUAAUAUCUGCAUCAAAAUGAAUUAAAUAAAAAAAAUCUUGGGAAUGGUAGAAAAUAUCACCAUAAUUUCAACAUGAGAAAAAUCAAUAUCCUUAUCAGAAAGAUCGCUUCGAUAAGAUUGUUUUCCCCAAAUUUCAAAAUUUGACGCUUCACAUAAUAGUCACCGUUUGAGUGUUUUGGGACAGUUGGUUACUAGCAACCAUAUCAAACGUUACGUGAGAGAAAAAAAGGAAUGCACAAAAUCCUAGUGAUCAUCCUAGCUAGAAAAAAUCUAUUGAAAAACAAAACUAGACAAAACACGAAAAGCGUGCGCGCAAGUCACUAAGCCUAAGCCUAAGUCAACCAUAGCAUAACACUGUAAAACUGUGAACAAAAAAAAACGAUAAUCCAAACAUGACGUAUUGCCUAAUGAAAAACCUGCUUAAAACGUAACGUAAACCUACUCACCUGUUGAUAUUUGCUGGAACAAUCACCCAGUGUGUGCGUUUGGUUUUUGGCGGAGCUCUGAUUUCCUAUAAAAAUGAGUGUAAGUUGGGUUUCGGUGUAGUUACGAAGAGAUAAAACAAGUCAGCAAUAAUGCAAUUAUUGUGCGUGUAAAAAGGAAAUUAUUGUAACUUUUGUUGAUUUUGCAAAAAUCUAAUUCACCUCACUGAUGAGAGAUGACGAAAAAUGCUACGUUGUAACUGAUUAAAAAUGCAAAGUUCUCUUUUUGUGACACAGUAACACAAACAAUGCUUGCUGUUUCGAGUUGUAGGAAAGUAAAAAAAUAAAAUAUCAGUUGAAUAAAGCGCGAUUUAUGUACUUGUGUAAGAUAACCGUCCGUAUCGUAGGAGGAACGUUCCCGAAAGGCGCUAAUCGAGAGAGGUGAAAAAUCGUUGAUAGUUGUAAAUAAUAAAUCGAAAACGCGAAAUACGUAGCCCCCUGAAGAAGACUCCUAACUUUAAUCAUUAGCGUGUAAGUUGUACCAUAAAAUAAAUGGCUGAAUAAAACCUGGAAAAAUUAAAGUGAAA